AUGCGAAAUUGUAGGUGGCUCCGACAGCAUCCGACAGUACUGACGCUCCCUUGGAAGCCGACGAUCAAACGUUCGGAAAGAUCCAACGCCAUCGACGUCUUGUGUUCUGGAGUUCUAGGAAAUGAGGUUUGAGAGAAAAAAAACCGCGAAAUAACAGCAAAAAAUGAUUUUCAAAAUACAGUUUCUGCGCUACGAGUACGAGUAAAUAUAUGCGAAAACACAGUUUAAAACAUUUAAAAAAAAAAUGAAGAAAAUGAGCGGAAAAGGUCCGCGGAUAAAGAAGGCGUAGAUGUUCCAGUCCAAAACGAUAGCUUCGAGAGAAAGCAGUCAUAAAGUUGUCUUGGAACGCGCUCCACUGAUAAUCAAAAACUCAGUUAUCCAUGGAGCGUACUUGAGUUUUUGAGCCUUUUUUCAGCGGCUCAAUUUCCACUACACAAGUUACCGUUCUUCUACGAUUUUUUCUACUCUCUAACUUGUGAAUUUUUUCAGAUUCCACUCGAACAGUGGCAAGAGUACUUCACGAUUCCUGUGCCUCCGUUCUCCCAGGUAAUUUCUCGUUUUUCUGCUUUCAAAUAAGAGAAAAUCAUCUCGAAGAAGCUAUUUGCAUCAACCGACCGCCUGCGGCAAAAUUCUCCAAAUUUAUUACUCAUCUAUUUUGAAGCGCUCACGUUUUUCAAGAGAGCAAAGAUGGAUUUCGCCAGUUUUUUUUUUUCUAAAAAUAAAAAUCAUUUCUCAACAUCCUGACAAGUGGUUCCGCCAUAUUUUUUUGUACUGAAAAUCCCCCGGAAGGAAUCUGAACCCAAUGACGUCAGAACGAUCCAUCAUUUCUGAGCUCGGGAUUAUGCGGCGGGAAAGACUUUUUUUUCGCCGCUGGACCUCUAUUUUUUCGGGUUUGAAAAGAAUGACGGGGAACCAGAAUAGACACGAGUCACGAACGUCAUACUUGAAGAAACUCUAAAAUUCCCCCAAAAUGGCCCAAGAAAGGCCUUUGUUCCAUGCUUUUCAACGUGAGAAGUUGGAAAAAAUUGCUCCGAAAAUAGAGAUUCUGAAGAAUGCUGAAAAAUAGAAUUCAGGAGUAGAAUGUAUUCGAAGGGAAAUUUUUUUCUUACCAUUCUGGUUAGCUAAAAAGGCCACUUGAUUUAAAAAUUUUUUUGAUUUUUAUGAUCUGGAAACUAGAAUGAUAAGAUAAAUGAACGUUUGUCCAGAUAAGAGUAAGUAAAAAACUUCCGCAUUGAAAUUAUAUGGGUCAUGUUCUGAAUAUGCAAUCGAACUCUAGUAAAUAAAAUUUUGAGGUUUUCCCUGAAAUGAAACGCAGCAAAUUCUCGUUUUGAAAAAUUUUAGAAACAAAGGAAAAUCAACAAAACAACCAUUCAUUAAUUUCCUAACCGAAAAAGUUCAGGAAGAGCGCAAAAGUUGGCUUCAAAAACAAACGGGUGUCGUCAUGAGUUCUGACGCGUUUUUGCCGUUCCGCGACAACAUCGACUGUGCCAAACAGGUGAGAAUCAAGUACUGAAUAGGAAGGAGCCAAUCAGGCACAAGCUUCUUCUGCGUUAAAAAAUGUUAUCAACUCGAUUGGAAAAUUCUGUGAAGCCAACCAAACUCCUUAACCCGAGAAUUUUCAGAUUAUAAUCCAUAGAAAUCAUAAUUUGAUCACUUUUUUGAAUCAUUGAGUCAAGUUUGAAAUUUAUAAUAGAGACAUGAGUCCGGAUAUCUUCCAAGAAUAAUAUAACUUUGAAAAUUUUCAAGGUUUUGAACCUAUUUUUCUCCCAGAUCAGCUUUUUCUGAAUUUCGUUUCCUAGGCAACAUUCGCCAUGAACUGAAAAGUCGGUCAUCUCUGAGCUCUCUCCUUUCUAUCCGCUAUUUCAUGUUUCUAAGACCUAGGCGUUGAGAUAAGAUGAGAGCGCAGACAGAUCAGAAAGUUUAGUUAUGAAGUCGGCAAAAAAUUCUACAAUCUUUUUGGAAGCCAAUCCCUGGACUGAUUGAGCUCUGUACAAUCUGGUCUCGCGACAGGAAAAGGCGGAACUUCUCUGCGACCCUCUCGCUUUGAAGUGCUAUUUUUGUUUCUCUGACCUCGCCGGUGAGGGAACAGAGAGACGCAGACACUCAAAACAUUUUUAGUCAUGGCGAAUAAACUAUAGAAGAGCAGGAAGCUACCGCAAAGCUUCUAGCUGUUUCAUAGCCAUUCUUGACGAGCUUAGAAUGCAGGGAACACUGUAGCUGGAGGCCGAAGACCGUGCUAUUUUUCAGUUCGGCGUCAAGUUCGUGGCGCACCCCGGAGGUUCGGUGCGAGACCAGGAGAUCAUCGACGCCUGCGACGAGCACGACAUGACGCUGAUCCACACCGGUCUCCGACUCUUCCACCACUGA